AUGGCGGAGACUGCGGCGGCGGCAGCAGCGGCGGAAGCCGCCUCGGCGGAGACCCCUCCAUUCCAGCUGGGCAAGCCCCGCUUCCAGCAGACUUCCUUCUAUGGCCGAUUCCGGCAUUUCCUGGACAUCAUUGAUCCCCGUACCCUCUUCGUCACUGAGAGUCGUCUUAAAGAAGCCGUGCAGCUCUUGGAGGAUUACAAGCAUGGCACGCUGCCUCCUGGGGUCACCAAUGAGCAGCUUUGGAGUGCUCAGAAAAUCAAGCAGGCCAUCCUACACCCAGACACCAAUGAGAAGAUCUUCAUGCCUUUUAGGAUGUCGGGUUACAUCCCCUUUGGAACACCCAUUGUCGUUGGCCUCCUCCUGCCCAACCAGACCCUGGCCUCCACCAUCUUCUGGCAGUGGCUGAACCAGAGUCACAAUGCCUGCGUCAACUAUGCAAACCGCAACGCAACCAAGCCUUUGCCUGCAUCCAAGUUCAUCCAGGGCUACUUGGGAGCUGUCAUAAGCGCCGUCUCAAUCGCAGUGGGCCUUAAUGCUCUAGUUCAAAGAGCAAACAAGUUCACCCCAGCCACCCGCCUUCUCAUCCAGAGGUUCGUGCCGUUCCCGGCUGUAGCAAGUGCCAAUAUCUGCAACGUGGUCCUGAUGAGGCACAAUGAAUUGGAGGAAGGAAUUGAUGUCCUGGACAGUGAUGGGAACAUCGUGGGCUCCUCUAGAAUUGCGGCUAGACAUGCGCUGAUCGAGACGGCCCUGACACGAGUGGUCCUUCCCAUGCCCAUCCUGGUUCUACCUCCAAUCAUCAUGUCUGUGCUGGAAAAGACGUUUCUCCUGCAAUCUCGGCCCCGGCUCCUCCUGCCCGUGCAAAGUUUCGUGUGCCUUGCCGCCUUUGGCCUGGCCCUGCCUCUUGCCAUCAGUCUCUUUCCGCAGAUGUCGGAGAUCGAGACAUCCCAGUUGGAGCCAGAGAUCGCUCUGGCCACAGCCAGUAGGACGGUGGUGUACAACAAAGGCCUGUGAGUGGAAGCAGGUCCUCUGGCCAGAGAGGCAUCUGGGCUGGAGGACCGGGGAGGAUGAGGGCUGGGGAGAAGAAGUGAAGGUCUGCCCUCCUGAGUCCAAGUAGUUGAGUAAGGAGUUCCAAGCUAACACCACGUCACUAAUGUUGGAAAGGAAGUAACAUUUUCCAAGAACCACCACCUUACAAGAGGUUGGGAGGUUAAGGCAGUCAGAUUUUAAUAUAGGGGAGAAGGGGGUGGGGGGGGGAUAGCCUAGUGCAGGGGAAAAUCAGAUUUUAUAGAAAGGAAAUACUAUAAUCAAGUGCAUUUCUGGGCCCUGGAGCUUACAGAACUCAUCCCAGCACAAUCAUGGUGAAGCUGGGAAGAAAUACAUAGAAUGUCCUAGGGAAAGAAAUAGGGUGUUGGGUUUUUUAAUUUUUUAAUUUUUGUUUAUUAGGUUUUUUUAAGUCAGAAUUGAGUCUUAACACUGGUUGAUGCUGCAAAGAAGCCAUUUCAUAAUUGGGUGGAUGAGCAUGGGAAUUGGGCGCAUGAACUUGGUGGGGUGGGGGGGUUGCCGCAUCAAAUGUCCUCUGGGGAAAAUCUGAGCCCCGGAGCCCAAUCUUGCCUUGCCUAACCUGAUGUUCCCUUCCUACACGUGCUCCUUUCCCUCCUCUCCCUUCCUUGAAGACCUAGAACCCAGCUGGACUGGAACUUGAGACUAUGGGGCCUUCCCAUAGGAUUAGGAAAGGAUGUCCCUCCCCCCAGUAACAGCUUUCUGCCCUGUGGAGACCCCCAAAUGGGGGAACCACAGGCCAGUAAUCAGGGGCACCAAAGCAGGCCUAAUUCCAGGCUUUCCACAUGGUCGGGUGUUUCUACUUUGGUGAUUUGGGAAAGGGAGAUGGGAAGGGAUGGAACUGAGAGCAUGGUGACAUUGGAGUUUCUUAACAACUGUGAGCUCUUCCAAGACUAAGGACUGAACCAUUCUUGGAAGAAGAUACCAGAGGCACUUUAUAUGCUACAGCAGGAAAGAGAUAAGAACUUUAACUGGUCCGCAUUGGAGGGGCUAGGGAACGGAGGAAGAAAAUGGCAGCCAGCUUCAAGGGUCUGACACUAAAGUGCUUCCCCUGAGCCCUUUGGGAGAGACCAGACCUGGUCUCUGACCCCAGAACUCUAGCCAGGAGGAUGAGGAUCAGACACAUCCACUGGCUCAGGCAAUAUAUAGAAGUCCUUCCAGCACUCCCUGGCACCCCUUCUUCCAUAGAAGCUCAUCAGUAACCACAUCUCAGAUGGCAUCCGCUCACCUGUCCAGCCAUCCAAGCUACACAGCAUCCAGAAGUCCCCUACCCGCUGCUUCUCUCUACCCUUACCAGGAACAAGCCAAAACCGUAUGGAAGCAAGGUCAUCUCAAUCCUUGAAAGUGAUCCACAUAUUGGUUCCUUCCAGCCGGCAAAGCCAUUGUAGCUCCAGGAGUGGAAGGCAUUGCCCUCUCCCCACUUCCCAAGGAGGAAGACCUAAGAGCCUCUUCUUGUGAUGGAAGCCGUCUAGAACACAUCUGCCUGGGAAGGAUAGAACUGAGCCUUCCACUCCCCAGGACGACCAGUGGAGCUGGGGACCACAUCUCAACAAUAAGGCUCAGCCUCAGGAUGGACCCAGCUGGCCUGAAUGUUCGGGCCAAUUUGCAAUUAUUUCUCUCUGGACCACGUUGCCCAAACAGCAGCCCGCCCCCUUGGACCUGGAUGUCUCUUGGAUUUAGAGAAGCUUCUCCCGCCCCUCUUUUCUCCUUUCCCAGUGGGUUUUGUACCAAGGAUGCGCUUGCUCUUGCUCCUGACUCAGCCCUAAGAGAGCCCAAGCCCCUGGGCUGAGGGUUCUGGCAGUUUUUCCACUGACUUGCUCUGUGACCUUAGUAAAAUGACUUUCCCUCUUGAGCCUCAGUUACCCCAUCAGUUAAAUGGCCAGUGGAAGGAAGAUAAAGUCUUCUAUUGGUUUUAGAAGUCCAUUCUGGCUCUCAGAGCCUUUUAUGCUUUGACUCUUACUCAAAAUUGGAUAAAGGAAGAUACCGACUUAUCCACCGGGAUAGAGCCCAUAAGGCUUUGUUUUUAGAAGAAUCGAUUAUCAUCAGUGAUUAUGGAGAAAGGGAAAAAUCCCUAUUUCACUAAAAAUGAUGCCUCAGUUGUCUAAAGUAAGACCAAGCUCUUGAGAGGGUCUUUGGGCAAGGCGAAACCUUAGUUGUGAUUUCAGGAUCCCCGGGACCCUUUGUCUAUUCCCUAACUGCAGUCAGAACUCAAAAAAAGAGCGAUUUCUGUAGCCUGGACUGUGACUCCUUAUUCACUUAUUUUAUGGUGAGGUCUCCUAUGAGAUGCCCUGGUCUUCUCUGAAGAGUGAAAAGUCAAAAACAAGAUCUCUGUCCAGUCAGACUGUGUCCCACAGGGAUGGGGAGGGCAAGAAUGCCUACCUAGACCCCAAUUGUAGCCUUCUUGGCAUAGCUGUGAACUCUGGAGUGGGGACCAGAGCGUCCAGGGAUGGAGAGACCCCAGGGAGCCACGGAGAGAGGUCAAAGUCAGCGUGUUGGGCAGGAGGAGGAAUGGCCUGCUGCUUGGUUGUUGUGUUGUAGCUACACCCCUGGUGGAGGAGGCACAAUACGUGUAUUGGGAAGGGGCAAUAAGGGAGGGGGUAUCCUCUUGAAUCUGGCCUCAAGCUGGGCUGAAAAGAACCAAUCCCACCAUAAUAUGGCUUCCUGUAAUCCCAAGGUUUCGGAGGAUGUCUGGACACAAGCACACAGGCUCACCCGUGGGCCCGGGGAGCUGAAGGUCCCCACGUUCCCUUCCAAGAGAUUUAACUCAAUGCCUAGAGUCCUACCCUGUCCCUCUGGAACUAGAACUGUGCACUUUAUCUUGGGACACGGCUCCUUGGGACAUCCCCCAAGGAGAGGGGGAGGGAGCCGCCAAGCCCACCAUGCCGGCGUCCUCAACUCCUGGCCAUCUCUUUCCAAUGUCUUCCAACUGAUUUCUAGCAAUCUUAACUAAGUCAGGUGUCUUUUUGAGGAAGGAGAAGGAAGGAGGGACAUGGUGGAGAUGGUAGAGACCUCCUGAUGACGAGUGGAGGAGUGAUCUGCCUUUCUCCCAAUCUCUUUGAUCCACUGCCCCCCUCCCCCACCUUGCUGGGAAAGCAGCCUUGCAGACAAGCACUGGCCCAGAAUUUCACAGUUCUACCCAGGCAAGAAGAAAAGGAUGUUGGCAGCCAGGGGAAAGGGCAGAGCGCUCCCUGAUCCCUUGCGUGUGUAUCUGCCAACUGCUGGAGACUUCCAAGGCUGGGGUCAGGUUGGCAGAGGCGGCUUCAGCUAUUACUGAACUCAGGGUUUUGGCCACCCUGUGCACCAUCCAUCUCUAGAUGUUUCUCAUCCUUCCCCCAGCUGCUUCCAGAUCUGCUACAGACCCACAGCACUGCUCCUCUCCCCAGCUGGGAAGAUGGCCCAUGUGGGUAACUCAAAGGGACCAAGUCCCGGGAUCAGAUGUCAAGAGAUCCAGGCCCCUCUGGAGGAGGACAGACCAAUGUGUCUCCUGUCAUAUCCCUGUCCCCUUCCCUUCUCCAACCUGGGUCCUUCCUCUGGACAGCCUCGGCCUCUAUGUGUGUGACCAUGUUCGUGUCCUGUUGUGAUGGGGGAGGGAGGGAUGGGGGAACUGUUCCAAAUUGCCAAUUGUCUUCCAGCCCAGCCCAGGGCUCAACUUGAAUAAUCCUGUCACCCUUAUAUACCUCGGCCGGACCAGGGGACUUGCCGACUGUGGGCGUAGAGUCUUUUUAACCUUCGGAAUCAAUUUCUCAUUCUCUGUGAUUUAUGUAACACCAAUAAACAUCAAGGAAUAAAAAGUGGUUUUAAAA